AUGGAUGCCACAGCCUGUAAUGGAUCAAGAGACUCUCCACCCACCUUCUACCUGGUGGGCAUCCCCUCUCUACAGGAGUCCCUCUUCCUCCCAGUCUUCUUCAUCUUCCUGUUCUUCUAUCUGCUCAUCCUGGUGGGCAAUGCCCUGAUCCUGGUGGCUGUGGUGGCAGAGCCCAGCUUCCACAAGCCCAUGUACUUCUUCCUGAUUAACCUCUCCACCCUAGACAUACUUUUCACCACAACCACCAUUCCCAAGAUGCUGUCGCUACUCCUACUCGAGGACUGCUUCCUCAGCUUCCCUGCCUGCUUCCUGCAGAUGUACCUCUUCCACAGCUUCUCCUGCUCGGAAGCCUUCAUCCUGGUGGUCAUGGCCUACGACCGCUAUGUGGCCAUCUGCCCCUACGUGGCCUACAGAGCUGAGCUGUCCCUCGACUUCCACAUCAUGGGCAAUGUGGUAUAUGCUAUCGUCACACCAAUCCUCAACCCUCUCAUCUACACACGGAGGAACAAGGAUGUCAAAGCAGCCAUCACCAAAAUCACACGUCCCCAGGGCCGAGGGUGUUCUGGUGGACCUUGA